AUGAUUAAUGGUCACGCACCUCUGGUGCUCCCACAACGCGUCUUCGAGAUGGUCUUGGUUCUCUUGGAAAGUCCUGGGCAUAUGGCCUAUCCUCGAAAUGAUUUGCUUUUCGCAAACGGACUUGGCAUGGAUGACGAGUUCAAUUCUACCCGCAGCGGCGGCCUCCUCUUCAGCAAAACAGCCGGCCGGCGGGCCGAUUUUGAAAUUCAAACACUGCAGCGACAAGACACCUUUGCCGCCCUUGAUCUCGGCCUCUCGUCGUCGUCGUCAUCAUCAUCGCCCAUUCUCUUGAAAUUCUUCGAGCCCGCUUGA